AUGGAGAUAGUAUUGAUCAUUGCUUUACUUUCAGCUCUUCCCAUAAUUUUCCUGAUUCUUCUUCAGAAAAACAGCAGGAAAUAUUCAACAAAAUCUCAUCCUCCUCUCCCUGGUCCUCCUGGGAUUCCAAUCAUUGGAAACAUGCAUCAGUUUGAUCCCUCAGCCCCACAUAUCUAUCUCGGGGAGCUUUCCAGAAAGUAUGGCCCUCUCAUGUCCCUCAAGCUCGGAUCCUUGCCAGUACUUGUGGUUUCUUCAGCAAGAAUGGCAGAAGAGGUUAUGAAAAAUCAUGACUUAAUUUUCUGUAGCCGACCACCUAUGCUUGGCCAGCGAAAAUUGUCCUACAAUGGCCUGGACAUCGCGUUCGCACUGUACAAUGAGCAAUGGAGAGAAUUGAGAAAGAUUUGUGUUCUUCAUCUCUUGAGCUCCAAGAGAGUUCAAUCAUUUCGUCCUAUACGCGAAGAUGAGGUCUACCGAAUGAUUCAAAAGAUAUCCCAGGAAUCUGCUUCAUCACAAGUAACUGACUUGACUCACACUUUAUUGUCUCUCACAAGUACAAUGAUUUGCCGAAUUGGAUUUGGAAAAAGGUAUGACGAGGAAGGCCAAGAAAGAAAAAGAUUCCACUUUCUCUUGCAAGAAGCUCAGGCAAUGUUUGUUGCAUUCUAUUUCUCUGAUUAUUUUCCUACAAUUGGUUGGUUGGAUAAAUACACUGGGAUGCUAUCUCGACUGGAGAAAGUUUUCAACAAGCUUGAUUUGUUCUACCAAGAACUCAUUGAUGAGCACCUGGAUCCAAAUAGGCCAACGUCAAUGGAUGGAGACAUUAUUGAUCUCUUGAUUCAAUUACAGAAGGACAGAUCAACUCCGUUUGAUCUGACUGUGGAUCACAUCAAGGCCACACUUAUGAAUGUAUUUUUUGCCGGGACAGAAACUUCAGCAGGCACAGUAAUCUGGGCAAUGACAGCACUUAUCAAGAACCCUACGGCACUGGAAAAAGCUCAAAACGAAAUCCAAGAGGUGCUUGGAGAGAAAAAAAUGAUAGAUGAAGAUGAUAUUCAAAAGCUUCCCUAUCUCAAAGCAAUCAUCAAGGAGACUAUGAGAUUGUACCCAGUUGCUCCUCUUUUAGUCCCAAGAUACACAAUGGAAAGUUGCAUCCUAGACGGGUAUGAGAUCCAGCCCAAGACUACCGUUUACGUGAACGCUUGGGCAAUUGGAAGAGAUCCUGAGUACUGGGAAAAUCCACAUGAGUUCUUGCCUGAGAGAUUCUUGAAUAGUACUAUAGAUGCAACAGGGAAACACUUUCAAUUGAUCCCGUUUGGGGCAGGCAGAAGAGGCUGCCCGGGAUACUCCCUGGGAAUAGCAACUGUGGAGCUUGCACUUGCUAAUCUUUUGAACUCAUUCAAUUGGGGAUUGCCUUCUGGAGUGAAGAAAGAGGACAUUGAUACUGAUGUUUUACCUGGUCUUGCUAUGCUUAAGAAAAAUGCCCUGCGACUUGUGGCAAAGAAACGUGUGUCUUCGUAGUAAGAAAAAACAUGUCAAAUGGGAUCAGAAUGUGUAGUUCAUAUACAAUGUACGGCCAUUUGAGGGAUUCUUGCUGUUUUGUUCCUCAAUUUGGUAUCAUCAGAUUUGAAAUGAAAGAGUUUCAUACGUUUGUAUUGGAAGCUCAAACCCGUAAGCCUACGAAGCUUAGAGGGAAGUUUGUAUAGAUAACGUCGCUUUUCCAUUAACCUAAGAUUGCUUUUGAAAAUCA